GCAGUGACAGGGUGUUUGGCGGAGCUUGGAGAAGGUAACAUAUCAUGAUGGCGUCGGGAACAGGAGAGCCUUCCCCCGGACACGAUGCCGAACUGGACGAAUUAUUGGACAGUGCGUUGGAUGACUUUGACAGGACCCCGGCGCCUCUAGCCCCUGAACCUGCUGCUGCUUCCUCUUCAGCCAACAGUGGUGCAGAGAAGCCACCCCUGCUUGAAGACUGCAAACUGUUUGAGACUCUUUUCGAGGGGGACAUGGCUACCCAAGCCAAGGAGGAGUGGGAGAAGGCCAUGACGGAGCUGGCCCAUGAGGAGCCAGAACUACUGCAGCACUUCCAUAAACUGUCAGAGGCUGCAGGCAAAGUUGGCACUGACACUGAGUCACAACAAGAAUUCACUUCCUGUCUUAAAGAAACCCUUCGUGGCCUGGCCAAAAAUGCAGACAACCUGCAGUCCUCUGGACUAGCCGGGGACGACCUCGUCAAGGCUCUAGAAGGCCUGGGAUUGGACGAGGGUGGCGAAGGAGGCGGUGAGGAGGGAAACAUCCUUCCCAUCAUGCAGUCCAUCAUGCAGAAUCUCCUCUCUAAGGAAGUGCUUUAUCCAUCUCUCAAAGAGAUCACUGCUAAGUACCCAGAAUGGUUGGAUGCCAAUAAGCCAAGCCUCAGCCCAGAUGACUACCAGCGCUACGAACAGCAGGCCAACAUCAUGGGAGAGAUCUGUAGGCACUUUGAGAGGGAGGAACAGGGGGCCGCAGAUAAAGAAGGCAUGUUCGAGAGCAUCAUGGAACUGAUGCAAAAGCUGCAAGACCUGGGCCAACCACCCAAAGAGCUAGCAGGAGACGCGCCUCCGGGCUUUAACUUUGACAUGGAGUCCCUCAAUCUCCCAGGAGGCCCUGGGGCUGGGACAGCAGAGCAGUGCUCCAUCAUGUGAUGAGGGAGACGUGAGGUUCAUCAGAAGCACUGGAGCCAGAGGGUCACUCUGUGUGCGUCAGCGGCAGGCGGGGAGUAAAGGAGUGGGGAGCAAAGGUCAGGCGGGAGUGUGACCAUGCGCGUCAACGCUGUUCUCACUCAAGUAGAAGGUGUGUGGAUACAGAAACAACAGGACGAGGCACCCAAACCAACAAAAAGCACACACACCUAACCCACUCUCUACUGUCUAAAAUUACUGAAUGUACAACUGAGAACAUUUUAAUAUCUCUGCAUUAGGUUGUCAGCGGUUGCCGCAGAUCCUUCACGGUUUAGUUUUAACAACAUUUCUUUUAAAAACAACACUGCGGUUCUUCCUGUUGUUUUUUCAAUACUGUUUAGCCUCAUGGUAAAAUCCACGGAAGCACUUCACGGGUAUAAACAGUGCCUUUGCAAAAUUACUUUAAGUUGUUAUUUUAGGUUUUAAUAUGUUGAAUUCAUUCAGCUAAGCACUUCAGAUUAUAAUUUUCAAAUGGUGUGACUAUGCAGUGUCACAAUAUCCCAUGUUUACACCUAGUUAGUGGAAAUGAUUUGGUACAUAAUUAAACGCCCACCUCUGUUUCUGUACAGGUUGAAGAGGAUGUGACUUAACAAGUUAUUAACAAAGGAAACUGGG